AUGGACGAUCGGCUGUCAAUCACUUCGCAGGCCGACACAGCGACUCGAUGCCACAUCUUUCCGCUUAACUUGCUUAAAGUUGUGGUCGCAAUCAGCAUGACGAUGGCACUCUGCAGUAUGUUCUUCGGCAUGUUCUCCUUCGGCUGGUCGGCAUGGAUUCUUAUGGAACCGGCGAUCGCCAGUCCUAAUCAAGUGUUUGGGAUUCGGCGCACUGUUGGAGCCAUUUAUUUGUGUCUAGACGAGCCCACUACUAACCCGUGUAUGUUCACAUUCAUUCACGUUUCUUAUGCUUCUCAUGUCCACAAAUACAGGCUGAUUUCAAUAAUAAAAGUCAUAGUCGAUUACUACCAGGUAGAUGUAGGCACGAGCACACCAUACAGGCUGGAGGACAGAGAUUUUAAAGGGACUAUAAAUACAGACCUCUGA